AUGCCGUGCCGGGCGCUGCCCUUCCGUGCCGUGCCGUGCCGUGCGGAGCCCGGCCAGCGCCGGGAGCCGCCCCGCCCGCGCUGUGCCCGCGGCCCCGGCUCUGCCGCGCUCGUCCCCGCCAAGUCCGGCCCGCGCCGGGGCCGCGCUGGGCGCGAGCGCAGCGCCCCCCUCCGGCCGCGCGCCGCCGGCGCAGCCGCGGCCGUUGCGCCGCGGGCGUUGCGGCCACAGGCGGCGAUCGGAGCCAUGGCGGAGCUGCCGCUGCCCGCCGGGCUCAGCGCCAGCGCCUUCCCCGCCAAGCUGUGGCGCCUGGUGACCAGCCCCCGCGUCCGCUCCGUGCGCUGGGACAGCCGCGCCCAGGGGCUGCUCGUCGACCGCUCCCUCUUCGAGCGGGAGCUGCUCAGCCCGGGCGACGCCCACGGGGGCGGCCAGGGGGUGGGGCCGACGCCGGACUCCUUCCAAGCCACGCACUUCGGUAGUUUCGUGCGGCAGCUCAACCUCUACGGCUUCCACAAGGUGCCGAGCCGGGUUGGCUCAUCUGAGCCCGGCGAUGCCGGGGGCUGGCUCCACUUCAGGAACCCCAACUUUCGCCGCGACCGCCCCGACCUCCUGCUCCAUAUCAAGCGCCUGACCAGGGCCAACAGGCAGCGGCUGGCAGCGGGGCUGGAGGUGCGCAGCCGCCAGCCCAGCCGCUUCCAGCAGCUCCGCACGGAGCGGCCGCUGGCGUCCUUCCCUGCCGGGCAGCCGCCCAGAGCCGUGCUCUCAUACCAGGACCUCACUGCUGCCUCACCUGAGGGUUUACAGCUGCCUCCAGGCCCUUCCAGGCUAAGCGCAGGUGCUCAGGAGUCUGACCUUUUCCUGACAUCUCCCAAGAAAGUCUUUGCCUCAUCUGGAUUUCUUGGGGUUUCAUCAGAGGAACCAGGCACCAGCAAAUUUCAUCUCAAGCGUGAGCUCAUCAUUCCGCUGGUUCCCAUAGACUGCAGAUGCCGCCCUGAGCUCACGGUUUCUCUGCGUCCCAUAGACCAUCACAGCCCUUCCAUGGCCUCUCCAGAGGGAAGCAGCUGCACAUCUUCAGAGCAGUAUUUGCCAGCCUGCAGUUCAUCAGCCACCCCAGGCACUUCAGGCCCCAGCGCUCCAGCUGGCAGUGCUGGUUUUGCACCAUGGACAGCCCCCAGCUGGCUGUGGAAUACUCCUGGGGAAGAGGAAUUGCCACCACCAGAUCUGGACAUGGUGCUUGAGACGCUGGAGGAGAUGUUUUCUCCCUCUGCUCAGGGGAAUAUUAAUGUUGCCCCAGAGUCUUCAGGAGGGCAGCCUGUGGACAGAGCUGAAGCAGAAGGAGCUUUGCCUGGCACCAGGAGGUGCGGGAACAAUUCCCAGGAGCCCGAAGAGCUUGGUAAGGACAGAGUCCCCCUUGGUUUAGAGAGGUGUGAGAUGGCUGCUGCGAGCCUGCCUCUGGCAGCAAGGGAGAUGAGCAGAGUUGAGCUCCUGUCUGCAGGGCUGGUGCUUCCUGGUGCCUUUAGUUCAAAUCCUGCACUGGCACAAUCUCCCCGAGCCCUGCCCUCCACGCUUCUCCAGAGGCUCUGACACUGAGUCCUCUGCUGUGGCAAGGGAGGAGGGAAUAAAGCUGACCUUGUGGAGUUGUGUCACCAACUCGGGUGUCCCAGUUUUGUGCUGAUGUCCGUGGAUAAAUUUGCUGUAGGGUGUCAGUGCUCUGGAGGCAACACUGAGUGACUCUUGAAGUGAGAGAAAAAAACCACAAGAAAAGGUCAGUGUAGAAGUCUGAGCUGUUUGUCUCCAAGCAUUAAAUCAAUGUUGUACCAGUCUGCUGGUAGGUGUAGUGAGAUACAUUAAAAAUACAAGCAGCAGAAGCUCUGAGGCCAAGCAAAUCAUCAGUCACAAAUCCAGUAGCUCAAGGAAAACCUGAAAUUACCCCAAAUUAGUGAGAACUAAAGGAGAGAUAGAGCACUUUGGAUCUGCAUGCUUGAGCAAAGCUGGUGCAGCCUGCAGGCCUGCUAGGAAGUUCUUUCCCUCCCAGCUGUUCAUCCCAGAGCUGGUGGUUGUUUUGGAGGAGCUGUUGCUCACUGCAGAGGGCAGGUUGCAGACGGCAGGGAACGGUGCUGAUUCAUAGCUCAGCUUCCAGCAGCCCUGAGCUUCAGCCAUUUCAGUGGGGACUGAGGUCUCUCUGUCAGCACAGAGAAAGAACAAGGCUGGGCUUCUUUGUGGCAGCUGGGGCUGCCUGUGUUUCCAGCUCUCAUGGGUGCCCUUUGCACUGCAAGGGUUUUGACUUAAUUGGGAUUCUUCAAAACUUCAGAAAUUUUCAAUGCUUGGAUGGAUUCUGACUCUUUAAAGAGCAGGCUUCAAAUUGCCAAGUGAGACUCUGCCUUUCAGGCCAUCUUUUACAGUCUUUGACACAAGGACAGUGACUUCCAAGAGGAAAGAUGCACAGAGGCCAAUAUUGACCCAGUGUUCCCUUUGCUUCUCAGAUUUCCACCCAGGAGGGCUGCCCUGCGUGAGAAAAAGGAUCGGAGGGAGAGCCUGUGACCAUCGGGCAGGUGGAAUCCCUCCAUUUAUACAUAGAUUUAUAGAUUUCCAUAGUUCUAUUUAUAUAUCCUUGUAGUUACAUUUAUUGAUUUAUACAAUCCUAUUUAUAUAUCCACAUAGUUAUAUUUGUAGGUUUAUAGAGAACAUAUAUAUAUAUAUAUAUACGUCUAUACAGUUAAAUCUAUAUAUAGUUUUUGAUGUGAUAGAAUUAUAUUUAUGUGCAUGUAGUUACAUUUAUAGAUUUUAAAAUUUACAUUUAUAUACAUAGAGAGUAAUAAUAUAUUUUUAAUAUUUUUAUAUUUAUAAAUCUGCAUCGAUAUGUAGUUAGAGUUAUAUGGAUUUUUAGAUGGAUAGAUUGAUGUUAGUGUAGGUCUAGGCAGUAUUUUUACCUCUUUCCCCCUCGGCUGCCUUUUUCACCUCUGGCUUUUCCCCCUGUGCCCCCUGUGUCCCCUCUCCCUGGGCUGGGUCCGAGCUGGCGGCCGGGCCGGGCGCAGCAGCAGUUCCAGCCCCGGAUGUCCCUGGAGCGCUGGGAGCUGCCGGUGGCCCCAGGCACUGUCCCCUGAGGAGCUGCUGAAGGACGGUGAGACUGAG